UCCGCGGAACCGGAAGUGUGGCGGGAGCGCCGGAAGUUGAAGGGAGUUUCCUGCGACCUCGGCUUCCUCAACAUGGCAGCGCCCUUAUCAGUGGAGGUGGAGUUCGGAGGUGGCGCGGAGCUCCUGUUUGACGGUGUAAAAAAACAUCAGGUCACCUUGCCUGGACAGGAGGAGCCCUGGGACAUCCGGAACCUCCUUGUCUGGAUCAAGAAGAAUUUGCUGAAAGAGCGGCCAGAGCUGUUCAUCCAGGGAGACAGUGUGAGGCCGGGAAUUCUGGUGCUGAUUAACGAUGCAGACUGGGAACUGCUGGGUGAGCUGGACUACCAGCUUCAGGACCAGGACAGCGUCCUCUUCAUAUCCACUCUGCACGGUGGCUAAGGACCCCUCUCUGUGCCUCGGCCCCUUGGAGUGGGGAGAAGAGAACAAUCAGACAUGCCCUUGGACCCUGCUUCCAGCUCUCCCUAUCCCCCUUCGUUGCUUUCUUCCCUGAUCUGUCUGUCCCCUGGGUUCCCUCUGUGCAGGGAAAAGAGGCCAGGUGCUAAAAGGAGCCUUUCGCAGGCAGGCACGUGAGCAGGGGCAGGCAGGCAGGCAGGUGCCUGGGCCCAGCACUCCCUCUCCCAGCAGCUGAGGUGGGGGAGGGUGCCCUCUGGUUUGUCAAGAGGAGAGAGGGGCUCUGGGGCCAGGUGACCCAGCUGCCUUCCACUCCUGUGUCUUAGUCCGAGCACUGAGUGACCGCUGACAAGGCGCUCAGCGCCCGGUCACAGUGUCUUCGUGGGGAAGAUGGAUGGCCUUAAUAGCUGAUGGGAGGCCCCUCCCUUCUCAACAUUGGAGGAGUCCCCGCCUCAGUUUCCCCAUCUGGACAGCAGAGGGCUCUGCCUGUCCCCCACCGAUAUCAUUAUGGAACCCCAGCUGGGGUCCCCUAUUCAGAGCUAACCUCCCUCCCCCCCAGCAGCUGCUCUUCCAACCACACCCCUCCUUCUGCUCCCCCCCCCAUCCACAGCCCUUGACCCUGGCUGGCCUUCCUCCCCCCACAGGCCACCAGAUGGGCUCCUGAGACCCUCCCCCAGCAAAAGGCUGCCUGCAGCUCAUUCUGGGGAGGAGGGAGGAGGGUUAACCUUGGACUAGCAAAUAGAGGCCUGAAAGGGUCAGCGUGCCUCAGUUUCCUCCUCAACAACAACUGAAUAAAUUAGAGUAUCAGAAAACAGAGCUGAUACUGAUGUCACAAAUGUAGACUUUAUCUCCCUUCCCACCGCCUGCAAGAAGCAGGAGGGGGGCAGGCAGCACCUGGUAGGCAGGGUGCUCACCCCUCCUCCCUCCAUCCCCUCUGGAAGUCUUGGGGCCUCAGUGCCUGCAACAGCUGGCCUUGGGCAAAUAAAAGACUAAGUUGUUUACUA